UCCGGCACUGUGGGGGCUGGCUUCAACUAUGGCGGCCGAGGGGGAGGGGGCAGACAAUGGCAGCUCCACGGAAUCCGCUCCGGCCGUCACUCUCACCUUCCACUCGCCGCGCCCCGCUUAUAAAUAUACCGACCUCCUUUCUUACACCAACCCACCUCGCUCCUUCCUCCGUAUAUUCCUUUCUCUCUGAGUCUCUGAGCUCCAGAUUUUCCUCCAAUGGCCGCGAGUGUGCGACCGAGCCUCAGGACCUCAAUUCCAUUGAAAAUUUAUCGUGGGAGACUUGAUGGGACCGCUGGUCCGUCUCGGCUGGGGUUCCGCCGAAGGAACCUGCUUCCUCCCGCGAGAGCGUCCGCCGAAGCCACGUUCUCGCCAGAGAACGGCGGCAGGAAGAAUGAGGUCAAGCCGCCGAAAUGCUUUUCGAACGAGACGGAGAACGGAUCCUUUCCGGAGGGCUCUAACCGAGCGAACGAUCAGUUCGUCGGGUGGUUCCACCAGGCGUGGCCGUAUAUCCGGGGCCACAGAGGGAGCACGUUCGUCGUCGUCAUCUCAAGCGAGAUCGUGGACAAUCCUGAGUUGCUCGAUGGAAUUCUUCAGAUUUGCUACGUCCAUGUCCAUAAACGUGUAUUCAGUAGCGUUCGCGAAGAUACUGAUGUGCACAAGCUCUUGGUGUCAGGAUUUGUCUCUCCUGCAUGGUUUGGGGAUCAAGUUUGUUAUUGUUCCUGGGACUCAGUUGCACAUUGAUAGGCUUUUGACAGAGAGAGGAAGAAGAGCAAAGUAUGCUGGUCGCUACAGAAUUACAGAUUCUGAUUCACUGAAAGCAGCAAUGGAAGCUGCUGGGACAGCUCAGUAUGCAAUACAAUCAAAGCUCUCUCCUGGCCCUCCUAUACUGAGUCUUCGCCGGCAUGGUGACAAUAGUCGUUGGCAUGAUGUUGGUGUCAGGGUUGUUAGUGGAAACUUUCUGGCAGCUAAGAGAAGAGGAGUUGUCGAUGGAAUUGAUUAUGGAGCUACUGGUGAAGUAAAGAAAAUAGAUAUUUCUCAAAUACAGGAAAGGCUUGAAGCUGAUUGCAUAGUUGUAGUGAGCAACCUGGGUUACUCCAGCUCUGGAGAAGUACUUAACUGCAACAUGUAUGAAGUGGCAACUGCUUGUGCCCUAGCAAUUGAGGCAGACAAAAUGAUCUGCUUCAUGGAUGGUCCUAUUCACGAUGAUCAUGGAAGGCUCAUUAGGUUCUUGACUCUCCAAGAUGCAGACAUGUUGAUAAGAAAGCGUGCUGAGCAGAGUGAAAUUGCUGCUAACUAUGUUAAAGCUGUUGGUGAAGACGAUGUUGCUUCCUCUAGAUCUAUUGCUAAUUAUGAAGCUGGCCAUACUCUGGAGAAUGGUAAUGGUUCCAUGAGCAGAUAUAGUGCAACAUUCCAAAAUGGAGUUGGCUUUGACAAUGGGGAGGGCAUAUGGACUGGCGAACAAGGGUUUGCUAUUGGCGGGGAAGAUCGGCUGGGCAGGCUAAAUGGUUACCUUUCGGAGCUAGCUGCUGCUGCUUUUGUCUGCAGGGGUGGAGUUCAAAGAGUGCAUCUUUUAGAUGGUACUUUGCGUGGAUCUUUACUGCUUGAGCUGUUCACCAGAGAUGGAGUUGGGACUAUGGUGGCUAGUGAUGUUUACGAGGGAACAAGAAUGGCCAGAAUGGAAGAUAUUCCUGGAAUAAAGCAAGUCAUACAGCCUUUAGAAAAUUCGGGUGCUUUGGUUAGAAGGACUCAUGAUGAGUUGCGUGAGGCAUUGGAUUCGUUCAUCGUUGUCGAGAGAGAUGGCUCUAUUAUUGCAUGUGCUGCCCUUUUUCCUUACUUUGAGGACAAGUCUGGAGAAGUUGCUUGUAUUGCUGUUUCUCCUGAAUGUCGUGGACAUGGACAAGGAGACAAGCUGCUUGACUACGUCGAGAAGAAAGCAACAACUUUGGGUCUGGAGAAGCUGUUUCUGCUGACAACUCGUGCUGCUGAUUGGUUUGUUAGGCGUGGAUUUACCCCAUGCUCUUUAGAAUUCAUCCCUGAAGCUAAGAGGAAAAAGAUAAACCUUUCUCGCGGAUCAAAGUACUAUAUGAAGAAUCUACAGCCAGAAUAUAGUGGAAUCACCAUUGGAAAAAUCUCAAAUGUAUAAAUCUGAUUGUUCUUGGUGAAGGAAGUACCUUCAUUGCCCUUUGGACAUGAGUUGUUUAUGUGUUAUUCAUCAGGAUGUUAGUUCGGUGGAGCAUGUGGCCAAAAUUGGCUAGAACAGCUAUUCGACCGAAUCUGAUGAGAUUCUAGCUGACGUUAUUUUCUUUUCAAGUCGGGUUCUGGGUAGGAAGAUCUUCAAAAUUCUCUCCCAGUCGAGGAGCAUCCCUUUAGAUGUUUCGUUCCUUCAGACAAGGCUUCCUGGGACGUUUCGUGUUGUUAAGGGAAACAGUGGACCUUCUGCAGAGUGCGCUUCGGCUGUUUUAUAAAUGCUGGGGCUUUAGGGGGCAAAGAAAAAGUCGGUCCGGUUCCGCUGUAUUAUACUGGAAACUGGCAAGAUGUAUUGUCACUUGGUCUUCUUGUUUAACCUUGUUGGAAAUUGUAUUCUUUUAUAUUGAUUAAUAUUUUUUGAA